UUGUUUGUCGUAUGUUAGUAAAAGAAACCAACCAAAAUACCACCCACGAAAGUCACUACGUCUAGACACGACGACAAUAAAGAUUGCCUUUGUCCGGUCGACAGGGACGAAGAGAAAGGACGAGGACACUCUUGAGAAAGUUGCCGAUAAAGAUUGUGCGAACUUACGAGCGUUUUGUGACGUGGUUUGGAAUCGUCAUCCAGUUCAGUCGCUACAUUCCAAAGAAAUAUUGCCUAACACGCCGAGAAGAUGGUGAAGCUCUACGCACUGUGUGUUUUCUAUAAGGCGCCUUCCGAAGCCCGACUACUGAAGUCAGCGUUCGACCUGCAGAGUGUUUCCUUUUUCCAGCGUGGCUCAGUGCAAGAGUUUUGUACUUUCGCCAGCAAAACGCUCGUAGAACGAACGCAAGCGGCCACUAGGCAGUCGGUGAAGCAGGAUGUUUACAUGUGUCACGUUUACGUGCGAGCCGACAAUCUCGGAGCAGUGCUCAUAGCUGACCACGAGUAUCCGCAGCGUGUCGCUCACACGUUGCUGACGAAGGUGCUGGAUGAGUUUUCGGCCAAGGUUGGCUCCGAUCAGUGGGCCGUCGCCCCGAACGAGUCGGCCAUCAGCUUCGGUACGCUGCCGGCAACACUAGCCAAAUAUCAGGACCCACGCGAAGCGGACGCACUAACCAAGAUGCAAGAGGAUUUGGACGAAACGAAGAUCAUUUUGCGCAACACGAUCGAGGCGGUACUGGAUCGCGGUGAGAAGCUAGACGACUUGGUGGAUAAAUCCGAAUCACUUUCAAUACAGAGCAAAGCAUUCUACAAGACGGCGAAAAAGACCAAUUCUUGCUGUAGUUUUGCAUAAGAAAGUGCUGGCAACAGUUGCUCGCUCCAUGUGAAACCCACCUUCAACUCGGAUCGAAUGAAUGCUUCGCCAUGAAGUUGGACGUAUAUUGUGCAACGUCGAAGGUAUGCUCAGUACCACGCGCCUAAAGGAUUUCACGACACCAAGCAACAAACACAAAAUAUACGUUUGCGGUCCACCUGUAGGGGGCUCGUCCGCCUAAGCUGCUCCAAUACAUCGGUUUCUGCGCGAAAGACAGUUCAUCCAACAUGUGAGUGCAAAACUUUAAGUUGCUGCUAAUAAUGCUCUGCCCGUUCUAACAUAAUAAUUAUAACAAUAAUAAUGGAAUAAGAUAUGUAAAAAAUAUGUGGUAAUCCUACCGAUUAUGUGAGAAUCAAUAAAACUGCAAAACAACAUUGUGCUACA